UACGUCACGGUCACGUAACAAGUCUCUAAUUCCUUCACCUCUCACAAAUUCACCACUUACCAUUUCUCUCUCUCUUCCUCUUUCUCUAUACAUAUAUAACUUUCUCGGUUCUCUUAGCUUCUCAUUUGCCGCUCUUUGUAUGGUUUUUGAGAUCUAACGCGUAAACGAUUCAGAUCUGUCCUUUAACCUGAGAGAGUUGAGCUUCAAUGGCGUAUUCUUUUUAGAUUCUCAUUAGCUUAUAGUGGAAGCUUUAUCUUUCUUUUUCUCCUUUAGCUCUCCCGAAGCAAUCAGAUUCUACCAGUGAUUUUCUGGUCUUCUUUGUACCAACCAUGUGGAGGUUCAAACCGUUUUCACAAAAGGAACCGGCAGGGCUUGAAGGUCGCUCUCUGGAUGUCGGCAAUCUCAAGAUUCAUGUCCGAAAUGUCAUUGCUGAAGGAGGCUUUUCCUGUGUUUACUUGGCUCGGGAUGCCAUGCAUGCAUCAAAGCAAUAUGCUUUAAAACACAUGAUAUGCAACGACGAAGAGUCACUAGAACUGGCAUUGAAGGAGAUUGAUGUAAUGAAAUCACUCAAAGGACAUCCCAAUAUCGUAACGCUCUAUGCAGAUGCCAUCUUUGAUAUGGGGAGAACCAAGGAAGCUCUCCUUGUGCUGGAAUUUUGUGAGAAGUCUUUGGUUAGUGUGCUGGAGAGCAGGGGAGCAGGAUAUUUUGAGGAGAAACAGGUGCUUUCUAUAUUCAGAGAUGCAUGCAAUGGAGUUUUUGCUAUGCACUCUCAGUCUCCACCUAUUGCUCACAGGGACUUGAAAGCUGAGAAUCUUCUACUGGGGCCUGAUGGAUUGUGGAAGUUAUGUGAUUUUGGAAGUACCAGUACCAACCACAAGCGUUUUGAGAAGCCUGAAGAAAUGGGAAUUGAAGAAGAUAACAUUCGGAAAUACACAACACCUGCCUAUAGAGCCCCUGAGAUGUGGGAUCUGUUACGAAGAGAUUUUAUCAGUGAGAAGGUAGACAUAUGGGCACUUGGAUGUCUACUUUUUCGUAUUUGCUACUUCAAAAAUGCAUUUGAUGGGGAAUCAAAGUUACAAAUAUUGAAUGGAAACUAUCGCAUUCCAGAUGCACCUCAAUAUAGCAAACCACUGACAGACUUAAUCAAGGACAUGCUUCAAGCUUCACCAGAUGACAGACCAGACAUCACGCAGGUAUGGUUUCGUGUUAACGAGCAGUUACCAGUUAAUCUGCAGAAGUCAUUGCCUGAUGGGCCACCUGAUAUGCAGUCUACUGACACACAUGAAGGGAUUUCAAAACUUGCACAUAGGUCACAUGUAAUGCCUCAUAGAAGUCCACCGCCUCCACCUUCAUCUGGGGCAGGGGUAGGUGGGGGACAGCUUGGUGCCUUCUGGGCAUCUCACCAUGCAAAGGAGUCAUUCUUUGCUGAAGAGAAGAGCAAACCUAAAUUUGAUGAAGAACCUAAUGCAUCAAGACAAGAUAGGAGUCGACUGGAGAAUCAUACUUUACCCAAAAAUUCAAGCCCUGCAAAAGAUGAAAAUGUCCAAACUCAUGCCACUCGGAAGAAUGUCCAUGGCAAGUCAUAUACAUCUGAGGAUGGCACUUCCAAGGACUUUGAAAUAAAUUUCUUCCAAAAAGACAUGGACCGUGGCAUGGAGAGGCCAAAAGCAUCAAAAACUGAGAGCACAUCUUUAUUUGAGGACCAGGCCUUUAAUACUUUUGUUGCUGAAUUUGAUAGCAAUAAGCUGAACUCUAGAGUUAGCAAUAACAGAUCAGUAAAGGAAGAAGAAUUGAAUGUUGAAAUAGAGAGACUUAAAGACCAGCUGAAGCAGGCAAACUUGGAGAAGGCAGAAAUGACUUUGAAAUAUGAAAAGCUAUCUGCCAUUUGCCGAUCUCAAAGGCAAGAAAUACAGGAGCUCAAGCAGGCGGUAGCUGCUGGAACUCCACCAAAUAAGUAUCAAACCUCCCCUAAAAUUCAACCUUUGACAACUACUCAGCAAGGGGAGUCUGACUGGAGUACUCCAAGUCCAGAGACGAAGGCAUGGCAAGCAUUUGCAGUGGAUCCCAAGACACAUCAGUCAUCUCUUUCAAAGAGCAAUAGUCCUCUAUCUGUUAGGACCCGAAAUGCAAACCAGAAAAAGCUGGCUGCUCAGGCAUCUUCUGAAUUUGAGUCAUGGGGUUUUGGAGCAGAUAGUUUUUCAGCUGUACCUGGUGCCAGUACCCAGACUUCAAGACUCAUUAACGAAGGAAAUAGUUCUCGUAGUUCUCAGCAAUUAGCAGGGACAAAGGUUGUGGAGGGUCAGCCAGCUUCUCAACCUGCUGGAUGGGCUGGUUUUUAGUCUAUGCUCUCUGGAAGCUACAAGGAAAUACUGAAGUCAGAACCAUUAUACCCUUCCUUUGCAGUUCUUCCUCAAAGACACAAUGAUACAUAAUAUUUAACAAUAUAUGGCUUUUGGACUUGCACUGGGUGCUUUCUUUUUAUAGUUUUAUUUUUUCCAUAGAACAUUUGCCAUUAUUCUCUGGACUAAGUAGCAAACUAUGUGUAUACUUUUCUGCGUGCCUCAAUCGUUGGGUAAGAAAAAUGUUCUAUUUGUCCUUA